UGGUCUCCGGGCUUUUGUCUCGUCCAUCUUUGACGUUAUUUCUCGUCGACCCGAAUGGCCGUCGUUCUUGGUUUCGAUCUCGCAACACUGGGACCUGCCUCCUUCCACCCACGUUCCAUUCUUUGGGAUCAAGUGCAACUUCAAGCCCACAGAAGACGUUGACCAUGCAAUCUGCCUUUGGAUCAUGAUCUUUGCCUGCACAGUCCGGCUACCGGAAGUGGACGGUUUCAUGUUUGUCUGAAGGACAUUAACCGCGGGACUUCUCGUGCUAGUUUCUGUUGGGCUGCGUUGAACCAUGAUGCUCUCUUAUCCCACCAGCUAGGAUGUCAGAGACCACAAUCGAUCAAGCCCCGUCCUUUUCAGCCGUUGGCGACACUACUACGCCGUUGGACUUGUCACCAGAUGAUGCGGUAUUUUCAAAGUCCCCGACUUCAAACACCGAUGGGAGCGAAGCUACUACCACAUGCCUUCAACGCCCGGGAAGCGCCUUCACCUCGAAUCCCAGCAAUCAAGGUCGCGUGCGGACUGGAUGUUUAGUGUGUAGAGCCCGGAAGAUCAAAUGUGACGAACAGCGCCCACGUUGUCAGAAAUGCACGAAAUCGAAAAGAUCAUGCGUUUACAAGCGAGGACCACCUCCCCCUGUGCCUCUUCAUUCGGGAUCAGACGGAGCUGAAUUUCAUCAACCACCUCAGAUUCAUUCUUCUCCUCCACCGCUCGCCAAUCUUUCGCCGGCCGCUCAGCACACGGACCUCUUAAGCAACGAGCAGCUUCUGUCUACCGAAAGUGCUUCCGCAGGACCAUUCCUACCAGCUCAGACCCCAGAAGAGGCAGCAACAGCUGCAGAUCCAGCGUCUGUUGUGCUUCCAGCGCCGACAAACAACCCUCAUCAUCAAACUGUCAGCCAUCGCCAAGAUACUGAUCUAAACAAUGCCGACUCGCCUUAUGCUCGAUUUUACAAUACUUCGCUAGAUAUAUACUUGGUCACAACCCUGGACUGGCUCGGGGCAUCCGUGCAGCCACCUCGCUCGUUUUCGUACUUUAUUGAUGAAGUCGACUGCCCAUUUAUUUCACCUUUUGACCGUCUCAAUUGGACAAGACUCAAGAUCCACAUCACGCAAUUGGCGGUUCAGGACUUGACGGUAGCGACGGCCAUUCUCGUCACUCAAAAUCUGUACCGAGUCCUGAUCAACGGAUUGCCCAUCUCCAACGCGACAUCAGAGUAUCAAGCAGCUGUGGCGAAUUUUCAGACCAUGGUAGGCGACGACGAAACCAAUUUUGACAUCAUCCUUGCCGUCGCUUUCCUCCUCUGCCUAUGCGAGGUCAUUUUGCCGAACGAGGAUGGGCCUGCCUUUUGCGGAUUCAACCAGGCAUUCGAAACGAGGCUGAGGGCGUGGUUGCGGAGUCUACAGAUAUCGCCGAUCUCUUUGCGAAUCUGUACCUGGUUGCAAUUCCUGCACGUCGCCACGAAACGUGUUGGGAGUUGCGGCAUCAUGUCCGAGACCAUGUUCAGUCUCCUCAGCAACAACAUCAUUCUGGUCCCGAGCCUUUCAAUCCUAGACCGCUACGCGGAUUCGGCAGACGCCAUGUACGACAUCAUCAGCGCCCCGGUGUUUGCGUUUUACCUCGAACUGCAGAGGAUCUCGAACCAGAUCCAAGGUCUGAGCCACUACCGCCGAUCGCGAAUCGCCCCGUCAGACCAGGCCGAAGUUGCCGACAUUGCGGUCCGCCUCAAGAACGACAUGACGACGCUGUGGGACGCUCGUCCGGGACCCUUGCGUUUCCAACCGAGCCAGCUUCGAGAGGACCUGCGCAGUACCAUAGCCGAACCCCUCAUCACCGUGGCUGGCCUUUGUACUGCCGCGUAUGCCAUCGAGACAGUCGCUCUCAGGCGUAUACUCGGAGAUCCCCCCUUUCCGUCGCCGGAAUCUGGCCCAGCUCUACGCCAGAUCCGAGAAGUCAUCGAAGGUGACUGGAAUGUGAGAAACAAAAACGGAGCUUUGAACCCGGGAUAUGUUCGUCCGUUGUUCCUGUUUGCCAUUGAAAAUACCCAGCCCGAAGAGACGGGGUGGGCCGUGGCUCGUCUCAGAGAGACCACGAGCAGUCCAUUGAGUAGAAGCGAUUUUGUAGCGUCCCUGGCGGAAGCUCUGAGCGAAGCGCAAAGGACAGAACAGAGGAGGGUGACGACAAAGUACUUUUGUUGUCGAUUUUUCAACGUUCCACCGGCACUCAUCUAAAUAGGUUUGGUCCAAGUGAACACUGGCUUUUAAAGCUUUGGUGUUGACUGUCCAGUACAAAAUCAGGUAUCUAUAUCAAUUGGGAUCGUCUUGGGAAGAACCUGGAUCAAUAUCUCAUAUGUAGUUGUCAAGGUUUUGUCGGGAACAUACACG